UCAAGCUCCCGGACUCCUCCCUUCCUCUUUUACCCGCCUUCGCUUUCUCUAGCCAGCAGCCAAUGCCUUCUCGCACGAGGUUCCUCCGUUCUUCCGGCCACUUGGAGGAGGCGGAGCCACCGGUCCCCAUGGCCAUUGACUCCGACGUGGUGGUGAUCCUGGCGACGCUGCUCUGCGCCCUCAUCUGCGUCGUCGGCCUCGCCCUCGUCGCCCGCUGCGCCUGGAUCCGCCGCUUCUCCUCCACCGCCCACCCCCCCCCCGCCGCCGCCGCCGCCUCCCCCAAGGGGCUCAAGAAGAAGGCUCUCCGCUCUCUCCCAACGUUCUCCUUCGAUGGGUCCGUGAAGCUGGCGGAGUGCCCGAUCUGCCUCGCCGAGUUCGCCGCCGGCGACGAGAUCCGCAUCCUCCCGCACUGCGGCCACGGGUUCCACGUCACGUGCGUGGACACGUGGCUCGGGUCCCACUCGUCCUGCCCCUCCUGCCGCCAGAUCCUCGUCCUCCCCGCCACUUCCCGCUGCCGGAGGUGCGGCGCCACCUCCGACGACGCCACCGCCCCCACCACUGCGGUGGAGGCCGGGGCCAAGGCCGGGGUGGACGGCGAGUUCUUGCCUUGAAGACAGUAGCUCCUUCACUGCGUUCCCUUUUCUUCUCUCGUGAAAAAAAAAAA